AUGCGCCAAAUACUGCCAAGCACCUCUCAGGUGGCAAGCUCACUUGAUGUUGAAUGCGGCCUCAAGAGAAGCCCCAAGAAGAGCCCUCGUCUUCUUAACGGCACAGAGGCUUCGACAUCGCCGCCAGCAGCAACAAGCAGCUCGUCAAGCAUCCUUUUACUUGCGUGUGUGGUAUUGUUUCUGCAGGAAAAGGGGGCACAGGUAGCUACUACUUCAUGGCUUUAUGCAGAAGUUUCCCUCGUGCCAGCAGUUUCUUCGAGCCAUUUUGAGGAAGAACAGCUAGUGGAUGAUCUGCUUUCGUCCAGCAGUGCUGAUGGCGAAAAAUCGACGAUUGAAGGUGCUCUCCCAACCAACGUAGCACUUCGCGAAGCAUUAAGCUACUCUCUUCACCGUGGUGUAGUAGCGCAAGAUGGAUCAGAUGACUCAAGCUUGCCACGUGUAUUAAUUAAACGUGCUAGCGUGCCGUCAGCAAAUGUCCGUGCUGUCCGUCGAAGUAGAAAAAACAGAGAGAGGGCGUUGGCACCUUCUAAAAGAAGAUCACUGCAACGCGGAAGGCGCAACACGGAUAGGAGAGAACGUGAAGAGGAGGAACGUUCUUGGUGGUGGUCGCCUUACUAUUGGCAAGAUCGCGGUCAUGAAGAAGAUGGAAUCGACGGGCACGAGGAGCACCACGGCGAUGGCCACAAUGAUGAGAACCCCAGUAUUGUUGAACAUGCAAAGGAAUGGGACAACCGGGAAGAAGGACAUGGAGGUCAAGGACACGAUGCUCAUACGGAUUACAAUGACUAUUUAGUAAAGGCGCUGAUCUUCAUCACGCUGCUGAAGAUCACGACACGGCAGGCGCUGCGUCUUGGUGGUGGUCGGAAACUACACCAGAGGACCAUGAAGAAGAUGAACUACACGAGGGUGAUGAAGAUCUUCCUAGGCCGUCUUCCUCCUCGUCCGCAAGUGGUGCCUCCUCUACAGCUAUUGGUACUCAGACGUCCAGUACCACGAUUUCGUCCAGCGGCGCUCAAGAGGAUCGAUGGAAGUUCCUGGUCAACAUCUUCAUCUUCCACUGCUAGUACAGAUACACUAGCCGGACGAGGCAGCACAGGCAAUUUUUAUUUAGCAAGUGCUAGCACCGCUGAAGGUGGAUCCUUGCGCGGCUUUGAAAAUCCAGAUAAUGACAAGCAUGAAGCUGAAGGAGGAAAUGCCGGGGAACAAUUGUCAAGUGAAGAUAUUCUCAUCAUCGUCUUAGUGGUAAGCACUGUUUUCCUCUUUCUGUGCGGGGCUUGCUCGUCUUGUGAAGGUACCGGCUUGUCUUCAAUCACAUCGCAGACGGAUGAAAUAGAUGGAGGAAAGAAUAGGAUCAGUCCCGAACAGCAGGACCCCAAUGUCACGACAGCGCCAGAUGGGAAUAUCACUGGUAAAGCUGCAACUUUCAAAGAGAAGAAAAGACGCGCCACGACGAAGAUCAGCACAAGGGUCGCGGUGGGUGCUGAUGUCGUUGUCGGCACACCAGUUGUACCCGCAUUGAAGAUCCGCACAAGACAAGUAAAUCCUACUACAGGUGACUUUGUCACGAUUGACGUUGUGCCUUCACAACAGUAUCCGCAACCAGCAGCAGCAGCGGAUGAUAUCUUAUCGAAUAUACGCCGUUUGCUGAUUGCGCCGCUGUAUUGUUGUUGGUCAUUUUUCAGCUGUUGUUGUUGUACUAGGCACAGCAGCACGGGCACAAAUUUGUCGGGAUGGGGUCAACGUCACAAGAAAUCUUCAGCGUCCUCUGACAAAAACAAGGACGGAACCGCUUCGCUGAACCCACGUCUAGAAGCGAUGAUGGAGACGCACUUUUCGUCUUUUUUUACCAAGUUGCGCCAAAUGGACGACCACAAACGCUUAGUGCAGCAGAUUUCGAAGGAGGAAAUACUCAAGCGCUACAAUUUCCCCUUAUUGGUGCGACAAGAAAGGAAACUCUUACGAGAACUGGAGCGUCACGAUUCUCAUGCUCGUGAUUUCGAAGGAGGAAAUACUCAAGCGCUACAAUUUCCCCUUAUUGGUGCGACAAGAAAGGAAACUCUUACGAGAACUGGAGCGUCACGAUUCUCAUGCUCGUGAAAGGGAGAAAGACACAGCAAGCGUGUCUAGUACGGCUUCAUCUAAUCCCAGUAGAGGUACAUCAAAAACUCCCUCUCGUCCCUCCGAUGUCCAUGACCGCCAGUCUUCCGAACACGACGUAUCCUCAGAAUCAGAUCAUCAGUCGUCGACACGGGCGCCGUCGUCCGAGGACACAACUUCUCAAGGUCAACAGGAUUAUGUGAAGGAGAUGCUGGAUAAGAAGCGCUUAAGAUUGGAUGAAAAGUUGAAGCUUGUACAUGCACGGGCACGGGAAUUUAUUGAGGAAGUGGCAUCUUCCUCCUCGUCGGCAAUUUUUCAUUCUCUGGAACUAGAGGUCGUGAGCUAUAAUUUGGUUCUCAAGCGACGUAAGAUGCUGGAAGCAGCUAUGACGCAAUGCAAAGGCUCUAUACCUAACGAUAAUGCUGACUUUGAUGACUUCGAUGGGACGACGAUCAAGACUCUCCUAGAGGACGCUCUUGAAGCCUGGCUGGACUCAUGUGAGCACGCGACGGUGAAAAAAUUACAGACCGAACUAGCCUUUCUCGACAAGCAAGCUUUUCAUACAGACGAUCAACCUUCUUCUCGUCAAGCUGGCAGCGCAGCUGCAGACGAAUGUUGCCCAUCAGUGCCGACUGCGACUCCAGUGUCCACAUUACAAAAGCAAUUGCAUGCCCUACGCUCUGCAUACUCCGAAUUCAAAUCCCUCUCAUGUUUUACAACGCCAGCUGAUCAUCUAGGAAAUAUCCAGAAAGCUCCCGCUGCCGACAAAGACAUCACAUUGCAAGAGUUCAAUCUUGGUCGUAAUCGUUUAGAGGGUCUUCUGGCGAUUCACUAUGCUGCCGAGCAAGUGCAGAAUGCCUACGGCGACCUCUUUCCUCAACCAGAAGGCGAGCAAUUUCCUUUCCUAUCGACAUGGGAAAACUCUCUGCACCAUCAGCAUGAAAGAACGCGUCACAUCGUGAACCGCUUGAUUUCCACACACCGCCACAUCAACUGCUUACAACCCGUGCAUGAAAAGCAUAAACCCACCACUACAAAAACCCACCACUCAUCCUUGCAUGAAAAGCAUGAUAAACCUAGUACAACAAGAAGAAGAGAAUUCGAAUCAAAACCCCCUUACGAAGCUUUUCUCACGCUCCUGAGGGAGCAUUUGAAGGGCUUGGAAAAGGAAACUCCACAGACUAGAGUACUACUCGGUGCAACCACAUCAUCAAUUAAGGGUAGGUUAAAGGUGCUUUUCUUACCGCUUUUUAUGCCUCUCC